AUCUAAUUCAUACAAAGAUUACAGGACGCCAUUGAAACAUAGAGAUGAUACUUACUGGUAUUUACGUUUAACAAAAGAAAAUCCAUGUGUAUCACGUAACUCAUAUAAUUCAUUAUUUCCUUCUUCCCUCUUGCAAUUUCUGCCAUAUGGUACUUUCAUGUGCAUCCCUCUGUCGACGGAAAGUACAUUUUGCGUUAAAAUAUAAAUGAAUGCAAUUAUAGGUGCAAUUUAAGAGUUCAAUAUACAAGCGUACAUCGCACGAUUUUUCCACGAAUUCUUAGGGGAACAUUGUAAAGUUGGAUGCAAAUCAUAAUAAAGUGCGUCAUUUUCUGCCUCUAAUAGUCUAUGAGAUUAUCAUUAUUAUGACAGGAAUAUUGACGUUAGAGAAGAUUAUUGCUUUCUUAAAAGUAGAUCUAGUAUUUGCAUGCUGUUGGCCACUUCAAGUAAAAGCUACAAAAUUUCAAAAAAUUUGUAAUAAAAUAUUUCGUUUAUUUUGUUGUUUAAAUGGCAUACUGAUGUCAGUAUCAUUAUUCUACACCUUAAGUAAUAAAUGUUAUAAUAUGCUACUUGUAAUGAAAGUGGGUUGUGAACUAAGUGCCUUUCUGCAAAUUCCGAUACAAAUUACAUUGUUCACAUUUCAAAGUGAUCGUUUGCAAAUUAUAAUAUGUGAAAUGGAAGAUUAUAUCAACCGAGCGAAAUCAGAAGAGAGAAGUAUAUUUAAUCAAUACAUUAAGAAAUGUAAAUUAUUUUAUAUUACAACGAUUUGUUGGUUAACCAUAACCGCAAGCGCUAUGAUUUUUGGACCAAUUUUGCUAUCUCAACCCUUUCCAAUUGAAGUUGAUUAUCCAUUUGAUGUAAACAAACAACCGCUACGAACUAUUAUCUACUUGCAUCAUGCAAUGGCUGUAUAUCAAAGUUAUGUACAAGUAUCUAGUAAUAUCUUUGUAGCCCUUCUGCUUUGGUUCGUAGCAGCAAGGUUCGAUAUUUUAUCUCAGAAAUUUCAGAAAAUUAGUAGUAUUUCAGAAUUUAUGAUGUGCGUACAGCUGCACCAACAACUAUUACGAUAUGCAAAAAAUGUUACAAUGACAAUUCGAUAUAUAGCAUUAUCAUCGAUAGGAUUUAGUACCGUAGCAGUAGUCUUUAGCGGUCUUACCUUUUUAAGCCGACAACCUUUCGCAAUAAAAAUUCAAUUUUUUACUGUUGGCGCAUCUGCACUUAUAGAAGUCUUUGUUUGCGCGUGGCCAGCUGAGUAUUUAUUAAGAACGAGUUUCAAUGUUGCGCAAGCAGCUUAUGAAUCACUGUGGUACAAUCAAGACGUAAUCUUUCAAAAAAAGUUAUGCUUUAUCUUACUAAAAAGUCAAGUACCAGUGGCACUUUCUGUUUACUCCAUUCUUCCAACUAUAUCUUUACAAUAUUAUGCAUCGUAUGUUUCAACGGCAUUUUCUUACUUAACAACGUUUCGUAUAAUACUUUCUGAUGAAACAUAAUUCUAAGGAAGAAAUUAAAUUUCCUGAAACGGGAGAAUUUUGUUUGCAUAUUAGUGAUAUGAAAAGGUAUAAUGUUUUCCAGCAAAAAAUAAAAAAA